UUCAGGUGGCGAUCAAACAUGGCCUGUUUUACCGAUGCGGAAUUCGGAGUUCAGCCUCGACGCUUGCAUCAAUGUACUUGUAAUGUAUAAUUAUAAAUUAAAAAUGAUAUCUUGAACUGCAAUAAAGUCAUUUACAACAUUAAUAAAUGGAAUAUUUUCAAAGACAAAUGUAAUUCGUUUAUCUUAAUGAAAUACUGAUUGACAGUUGGAACAGAGGUUAGAAUGAGAAGCAUCGGCAAUAUUUUGAAAAUGUUUGUUGCCUUCUUUUAUGAUUACGCACGAGGAUUGUCUUAUACUGUUACUACAAUUUUGAUUCUGGGUUACUGUUUACACCCAGCUAGAUUUGCUUCGCAUUAUACUUUUAUAAAAGCAGAAGAUAUUUACGAUGAAAUGGAAAGGUCUUACCCGGCAAGGGACAAUUCUUGCUCGAUUACAAUUAAUCCCAGAAAGUCUUCUCCAUUACUAUAUCCUGAAGAACAACCACGGGAAGACCCAGUGGCAAUGGCACGACGCUUAGGCAUACUACCUGGAGGACAAUGGAAACCUCUCAACUGUCAUCCUCUCUUUAAUGUAGCGAUUAUUUUACCGUAUAGAAAUCGUCAAACACAGCUUGCCAUUUUUAUGAAUUACAUUCAUCCUUUCUUACAAGCUCAAAACCUUGAUUAUAGAAUAUUUGUAAUCGAACAAAGUCCGAUGCGUGAAUUCAAUCGUGCGAAACUGUUCAAUGUUGGAUACGCGGAGGCAACAAAAGUGAACGACUUUCAUUGUUUUAUCUUUCAAGAUAUAGACUUAAUACCUCAAAAUCCUGACAAUAUAUAUGCUUGUACAAAAAUGCCUAGGCAUAUGAGUUCAAGUGUGAAUACAUUUCGCUAUAAUUUACCUUAUACUGGUUUAUUUGGAGGUGCAAUUGCAUUGACACGUAAACAGUUUGAAAGAGUUAAUGGUUUCUCAAAUGUUUUUUAUGGGUGGGGUGGAGAAGAUGAUGAUUUUUAUAGCCGUUUACAAUCAAGAGGUUUUCAGGUCACACGUUUUGGACCUGAUAUUGCUCAGUACUACAUGUUAACACACAAGAAGGAACCACCAAGCAGUGCUAGAUUUGAGAAUUUAGAGAGCAGUGCUAGAAGGUAUGAUACAGAUGGAAUUAGUAACUUAGAAUAUAGGGUUUUAAAUCAUCAGUUGAGGCCACUAUAUUCUUGGAUUUUAGCAGAUGUUUAGUCGUAUAUAUAUAUUUUUUUGUUCCUUAUUGUUUACCAACAAACAUGGCUGUUUAUAGGUAUUAAUUGCAAUGUAAUUAUAACGAAGUUUUAAUUUCUACAGAGCAUUGAAAUGAAAUUUCAUAAAAACUCAAUUUUGUAACAAUUUAGGUAUAAUAUAAUUAGGAACUUUUAUCCACUAUGCAUAAGUGUACUAGUAGAACAAAAAAAUAUUGCUGUCAAACUUUUUAUACAUAUACGAUACCAUUUUUAUAGUGAGACAUAGAUUUUAAUUCAUUCAAAUUGGUGUGAAACACGAAAUAUAAAUUAUUCAGCAUUUCCUAUCAAACGGUACACGAUACUGUACCAAAGAUAUUACCAUGAUAUACUUACAAAAUAAUGAUAGAUUACUGCAAUUGGAGACAUGUACUAUUAAUAAAAAUAGCUUGCUACUUAUGUAUCAAUAUUUAUUAUGAGAACAAAAUAUUUACUCAUAAUUUGUUCAUUGAUUAUUACACAAUCUAUCAGGAGUAACAAUUAAAUAAUUAUAAAUACAUUUCCUAAUUAUCUUUAUGUCUGAAUUAAUGCAAUAUUCUAGGAAAGCUUGUUUCUUAAGCAAGUGCGGAUUUAAUAGUACAAAACUUCUUUAUACAAAUAGAAGAUUGUAGUUUGUUCCUCUAGUAAUAUGUGAAGAAAUCAAAGUAUUAAUAUAACUAUGUCAAUCUUCUUUUAAUCUAUUCCUAAGUUUAUUAUUUAGUGCUCAAUUAUACAUUUCAGUAAUUGCAUUUAUAUCGACUGAAAUGAACAAAUGUAUUGUUAUAAUUAGAAUAUUAUGUAUUGCUUUAAACAGUGAAGACAGUAAAACCAUUCAGUAAUACUAAAUUAUUGAUUUUCAAUAAGUUUAUAUAUUGAACAAAUGUAUUUAGUAUGUUCCAGAUAAUUUUUUGAUUUACUGUUUCCAUUGAGUCAAAUAGUUUUAAUAGUGAUAAAUGUAUGUGUACUGAGAUAUGAAAAAGAUUUAGCCAUCAAAAUCUUAUUUAUAUAUAUUGUAAUGAUGAAUAAUUCGAAAAAAGUUCGUUUGGAGUAAAAUAAAUCUGAAGUUCAAAUAUCGAA